AUGCCGUUGGUUGGGGUAAAGGACGGGAUCUUCAGACCGAUGGGCCUCAUUUGCAUCCUGUUGUCCUUCGGUUUGGGAAUCAUCUUAGCAAGGAGCACAUCCUGGCGCCUGUGGGAAUUCGAUAGUGACAUUGUUCAGUUUGUGUUCAUUGGACUCUGGGAAGUUUGUUAUUAUCAAGAGUUUAAUGUCUCUGGCUCAGCGACUAAGCUGCUAGUGAACAGCCCUAUCAAUUCGACCUGGCCAAUUUCACCUGAAUUUAUGUAUGCACAGGACCUGAUAUUAUUCUCUGUUUUGUUAAAACCGGUAGUCCUGAUUUUCAGCGCAGUGGCCCAUAGGGUUAUUUAUGUCAAAGUUCCAUUUUCAGAGACCCUGAAGUUGUGCUACAAGUCGUCUGUCUUCAUUCUCAUUCUCUGCAGUCUGUGCACAGUUGUUGCUGUGAGCUGGAAUCAUGUGGUAGACAUCUAUGGCAACACCACUUUUGACUUUCCACCCACCUUUCCUGUUAAGAAAGGAGCCCUGAUAAAGAAAUACCACACUUAUGUGUUCCCAACAGGGAUUGUGACCUUCACCCUUUCACUCCUUGGUGUAGGCAUGUUCAUUUAUGAGAUGAAGUCAUUGAAAUUAUGGAAUCAAAAGCUCAGGCAUGCUACCGUACUGAACUAUCAGAGGGCUAGUGUGGCAUCUAGCAUUUGCAACAUCUGCCAGGGGACCCUGUGA